GUAUGUUUCGUGUGAAUGCGUGCCACCGCGGUCGGGACAUGAGUGUUCUGUCAGAGACAGUUAACUAGCAAAGGCACACACACGCUCACCGUGUCCGAUAUGAGGGACUACAGCAGAGUGUUUGGGAGCAGAGUGCAUUUGGAGCCAAAAACUCCGAGACCAGUAAAAAAAGGCGAUGUCAUACUUAGCUCAACGCCCUUUGCUCAUGCUCUUAGCUGGAAUUACUUGGCCAUGUACUGCGAUGCCUGUGCCGCGUCCUUAAGGGAGCGCAUCCUGCAUCCGUGCGGAGGUUGCAGGGUGGUGUGGUACUGCAGUGAUGAAUGCCGCGAAAACAGUCAGGCUUGGCACCGCGUGGAGUGUUUAGUUCUCAAGAGAAGAAAGCACAACUUGCCUAACAGCUUUGUCAGACUGUUGGCCAGGGUGAUCUUCAGAAUCAGGGAAGGAGGUGACAGAUACACAGAAAAGUACUGCGAAAAGGGUGCUCGUCGCUUCCGGGACUUAAUGAACCACUAUGCUGACCUGAAGACAAGUGAAGAUAUGAAGUCAGAAAUUGAUAACACUUUGACUGAACUCCGACGAUACAUUGGUGAAAGGAUCAUCCCUAACGACAGCGAUUUGCUUGGCAUAUAUGGAAGGACACUGGUCAACUGCUUCUCUCUCGUGGAUAAAUCCUUGCUAAGCAUUGGGUGUGCCGUGUAUCUUGCUGCCUCCAUUUUUGACAACAAUUGUACGCCUAACUGUUUCGUCACGUUUUCAGGCUUUAAAGUUGAGGUCAGAAGUCUAAUAGAUAUGCCUGACCUUGACUUAGCUAAGUGUUACAUUAGCUACACAGAUGUCGUCAGCACAUCUGCCGCCCGUCGAGAGUUACUCUACAAGGGAUGGUUUUUCCUAUGUGAGUGCAAAACAUGUCUGGAUGAGGAGAGGGCUAAGUAUGAAAAUUCCAUCAAGUGUGAAACUUUGAACUGUCAAGGCAUUGUAAGUCUUCCUGAAGCAUCUGAUACUGUUCAACAAAUAAAGCUGAAAAUUAAAGCUGCAAGAGAGAGAGAAGAAAAGAGAAGAGAAAAAGAAAAAGAAAAGGAAUUGGAAGGAAGGAGAAAAUGGAGAAAAGAAGAAAGAAAUAAGUACAGUGGAGAUGAAGGGAAAGUAAAGAUGUACGAUACUGAAGUAAAUGGAGAAGAAGGAAAUAAAGUGGAAGCACCAAGAUGUGGUUUGUGUGGAUGGAUUCCCAGCAGCGAGAAGCUCAAGCAGUAUUGGAACACAGUGGCCUUUAUGAAGAAACAAUUGAAGAAUAUGGACCAGAAUAACUUGAAUAUUGAACACUGCUUACAAACACUGGAAAAGCAAACAAGUUUUACAUCAAGAAAUGCCUGGAAGGUUAAAAUUCUGGACUUAAGCUUCAAUGCUGCAAUUCUGAACAACUGUUGGAGUUUAGCACUUAAGUAUGGAGAGGAAAAUCUCGAUGGAAUGAGGAACAAACAAAGCCCCUGCUGUCCUUUAGUAUAAUGAGGUAGCGUAGGACGACCAUGGACAAAAGACAACCCGUGACCGUGCCAGUCCUUGCCAGUCUGCCGCCACAGUAACAACUCAGCGGCGCCGCACCACGUAUACCCUGCCGCCCAGAUCUGUCACGGGGAAACAUUCGUGACGCGUUGAGUUCAGUUUGCUAUCACAUGGCAAACAUGUUCUUGACGUUACUACUGGUGACGCUGCUGACAGACUGCAGCAAAGGUAGAACUCUAGACGGUGGGAGGGGAGCUUCAAGUUUUAGACCUCAGUAUCCCAUGGAGAUCGCUGAUAGGGACGCUCACAAUGGAGGCAUCGUGAUUGGACUCAAUGACAUCCAAACAGGCGGGAUGGAGAAAGGUGGGGAUGAUGGAUACAGCAUAGCGACCAGUGAAUCACCCGACAGUGAUCCACCUAGUGGAGAGGUGGAGAAUAACUACAUCGCCUCAGUAGGGAACGUUGCAAUCGACGAGAACGUUGACAACGAAGAAGAAGAAGGGGUUUCGUAUGAACGCAUGGAUCCAGAACCUGAGGAAAACAAUAGUUUUGAUGUUGACUUGUUCCAAGGAGAAAGUGACUUAGUAGUGAUUAUGAGACGUAUGUACGAAUCACUUACUAAAAGACUGAAUCUGCUCAAGUCCCGAGUGACGAGCGUGGAGCAGACUGCAAGAGACAUUCUAGCCAGGCUGACGGUAAUGGACUGUUCAGACCUGAAACGAAGCACAAGUGGCUCUGGCAGCUAUGAGUAUACCUUCCACAUGGACCACAACGGAAAGAGGCCAGUCACUGUCAUCUGCGACAUGGAAACUGAUGGUGGAGGCUGGACGGUGGUGCAGCGACGCCUCCCCCACUCAAAGGCUGUCAACUUCGACCGGAGCUGGCAUGACUACAAAGUUGGUUUCGGUCACGCCAGUACAGAUUACUGGGUUGGACUGGAGAAUUUGUACAUCUGGACUAACGCGAGACACUAUGAGUUACGCAUCGAGUUGUCAGAUUUCGAUGGGGAUACUGCCUACGCCCAAUACGACAGAUUCUACGUGGAAGGAGAAGAUGAAGGGUACCGACUGCACGUGUCAGGCUACAGCGGCACUGCAGGGGACUCUUUAGGAAAUGAAGGCAAAUCGGACAACUUCACCGCCAACGGCAUGAUGUUCACCACCCACGACGAAGAUCACGACACCUCUCACGAGAUCAACUGCGCGAAAUACUGGAAGAUCGGUGGGUGGUGGUUCAAUCGGUGCUCAUGGGCUAAUCUGAAUGGGCCUUACAGGGAGCAGGGAGAAGGUGAUGGCAUUGGGAUCAACUGGCACAUGUGGCGCAACAAAGAAUAUCUUCGCUCCUCCACCAUGAUGAUCAGGCCGUCCAGGGAUCCCUAAGCUGUGUACUGCUUCCUUCCACGAGCUGGCUUGAAACUAAUACCUUCGUACACAACAUGACGCUUCAUCAGACCCUCGAGUUACCUGCUUCCACCCAACCACUGUCUUAAAACUGACGAAAGAAAUCAUGCAUAAGUUAAUACUUGAGGAUUCUGAAAGUACUUUGUGACUGUCGAUAUAAUUAUUAAAGUAUAUUAAGAAAAACGUUAUAAUUGUUGUGUGACGUGUGGCAAACUAAGUAGAACCCUCCAGCCAAACAGAAAGUGAUGUAAGGUUUAAGAUAAAGUGGUUCAUUUCUUAGCAUAAUCCGUGAAGUUGCAAGGAAAUGAGUGAUGAAAAAGGAAAUAAACAAGCUAGUAAAGAAAUGAAUGAAUAAACGAUUAAACAUUCAAGACAAACGAAGAAAUCAACUGAGAAAAUUCAAGAGUAUUCAAUAAGUAGCGUGUUUUAUGUAUAGUGGUGUGUAUAAAAUCUUUUAUUUAGAAUUACGUAGAUCAGUUAAACAGUGGUGAAGAGCACAUGAAUCCUUUCAACGAUCCCUUCUCAUUUAGUUUAAGUUAAAAGUAUACCAGAUGUGUCAUUCCAGUGUCGCAAAUAUUAGUAAAUUAUAUUUUGAAAUAGAAAUAAACUUUUUUUUAA